AGGGAAGUACAGAAUGCUAUCGCAUGCAGGAAUUAGCAAGAUAGAAAUAAUGACUGAGGGAAAGAUAGCAAGAGAGAGAAAAGAGAGAUGGAUGGAAUAGAUGAUUUAUGGGAGUACAGGAGAGGGGUGAUUUAGAAAGGGAUUUCAUGAAGGGAAGAAGGAGACAGAGAAAGAGAGAGCAAUGUGGUAGAUAAAUAUACAGAGAGUGAGAGAUAAAAGACAGAGAGCAAGAGAGAAAGGAAGGGGAAGAGUGCAGGAUGUGGAGAGUUCCCUUCGAGUCCCAGAGAGUGACGCUGGAGGCGGGGAGGAAUGGGUUUAGAUCCUGCCAGUUCAUUCGAGUGUUCGCCGGAGUCCCCUGAAUGCAACCACUCUCUGGACGAGUUUGGGCAGGAGAGACGGCAGGAGCAAGAGCUUGUGGAGCGGGUGAAAAAUCUCCACACUUUGGACUGGGAUUUGUUUUAGACACUUUGGACUGGGACUUUGUGUUGGACACUCUGGACUGGGAUUUGUUUUAGACACUCUGGACUGGGACUUUGUGUUGGACACUCUGGACUGGGACUUUGUGUUGGACACUCUGGACUGGGAUUUGUUUUAGACACUCUGGACUGGGACUUUGUGUUGGACACUCUGGACUGGGAUUUGUUUUAGACACUUUGGACUGGGACUUUGUGUUGGACACUCUGGACUGUGACUUUGUGUUGGACACUCUGGACUGGAACUUUGUGUUGGACACUCUGGACUGUGACUUUGUGUUGGACACUCUGGACUGUGACUUUGUGUUGGACACUCUGGACUGGGACAUCACUUGGACCACACAGCAGACACACAGAGGAUGUGUCUAGAAUAUGUUUAGUACUUCUUCUCGUCUCUGUGGGCGGUAGUACCAGUUCUGCAAACCGAGGGUUUGUCGUUGCCGUGUGGGUUGACCCGGCAACACCAUGCUGAAGUGUGUUAUUCAGCGGGCUAACAACCUGCGGGUGAAAGAUGGUCACCUCAGCGACCCUCUGUGCGGUGUCAUAUUCAGAGGAUCGAAAAAGAAGACAAAGGUCAUCAAGAAUAAUGCUAACCCUGUCUGGAAUGAGGGUUUUGAGUGGGACCUGAAGGGAAUACCACUGGAUUCAGGGGCGGAGCUCCAUGUGGUGGUCAAAGAUCAUGAAAAGAUGGGGAGAAACAGGUUCCUGGGGGAAAGCAAGGUGGCCCUGAGGGAUGUGCUCAAUUCCCCCAACCUGGCUGCUACUUUCACUGUGUCACUCCUGGACACUAAGAAAAAUAACACUGGGGCCACUCUGAGCCUGCAGGUUUCCUACAUCCCUCCUCCAGGAAUGACUCCUUUUUUCCAGCCUCCUCCUCAGCCUGAGGCCCGGGAGAAGCCUGUGGAGCUGGACACUGUCACAGUCUUCUCCCUGGAUACCAUGGGCGAGGAAGACACAGAGAGCAUGCUGAGGAUGGAGCAGACAGACGAACCAGACACCGAGAGCCAACAGGGAACCCAUCACCAGGGGAUCCAGGGGGGUCAGGAGACACCCACAGCCCAGACCCCUAAAAGGGCCCCGCCCAACUACAUCCCUGGGAUUAAGAGGAAAAAGAGACAGCAGAACAACCAAUCACCACUGUCCAACAAACCGCAGGACCUGCAGGUGCGUGUCCGAGUCAUCGAGGGCCGACAAUUGCCGGGUGUCAACAUCAAACCAGUUGUCAAGGUAACGGUUGCUGGGCAGACAAAGAGGACGUGCAUCAAGAAAGGAAACAACCCUGUGUUUGACGAGACUUUCUUUCUGAACUUCUAUGAAAGUCCCUCUGACCUUUUUGAUGAGCCCAUCUUCAUUACUGUUUUUGACUCCAAGUCAAUGAGAACUGACUCUGUGAUUGGGCAAUUCAAGCUAGAUGUUGGAACAGUCUACAAUGAGAGCAGACAUGCGUUUUUGAGGAAGUGGCUCCUCCUUUCUGACCCUGAUGACCUCUCGGCUGGGGCAAGAGGUUACCUGAAGGUCAGCCUUUUCGUAUUGGCUGCUGGCGAUGAGGCUCCGGCCGAUAAAAAGGAGGGGUUGGAGGAUAAGGAGGACAUCGAGGGGAACCUGCUGCGACCGGCUGGUCUCACACUCCGAGGAGCCAUCUUCGCUCUCCGCUUAUUCAGAGCGGAGGAUCUUCCACAGAUGGAUGACGCAUUUAUAGAUGGCAUGAGGCAGAUUCUGGGAUUUGACAGCAACAAAAAGAAUCUGGUCGACCCCUUGGUGGAAGUCAACUUUGCUGGAAAAACGAUGUGCAGUAAAAUAAUGGAAAAGAAUGCCAACCCUCAGUGGAACCAAAGCCUGACCAUGCCAAUACGGUUCCCAUCUAUGUGUGAAAGGAUGAGGAUUCGGGUCCUGGACUGGGACAGAGCCAGCCAUAACGAUGUCGUCGGGACCACCCACCUCUGCAUGUCCAAGAUUUCUGCCCCAGGAGGAGAGGUUGAGGAUGAAUUGGUCCCAAGGAACCUCCAAACCUUCAUGGACGACAGUCUGGGUUUCCUGCCUUCCUUUGGCCCCUGCUAUGUCAACCUCUAUGGAAGCCCCCGGGAGUUCACAGCCUUCAAUGACCCCCAUGAAGCUCUUAACCUGGGCAAGGGAGAGGGCGUGGCAUAUCGUGGCCGUGUCCUGAUCGAACUCAGUACCAGGCUUGUGGACACGUUGAAGGCCAGUGUAGAGGACAUACCCAACGAUGACCUGCUAGUUGUUCAGAAAUUCAUGCGAAAGCGGAAAUACUCUCUCUUUGCGUCGUUCUACUCUGCCACCCUUCUCCAAGAUGUUGAUGAUGCGAUCCAGUUCGAGGUCAGCAUCGGGAACUAUGGCAACAAGUUUGACAACACCUGUCUCCCUCUCGCCUCGACGACACAGUUCAGCAGGGCUGUGUUUGACGGCUGCCACUACUACUACCUCCCCUGGGGUAAUGUGAAGCCGGUGGUGGUCCUGUCUUCUGAAUGGGAGGACAUCAAACCUCGAAUAGAAACCCUCAACAUGCUGUUAGCUGUGAUUGAUCGCCUGGAGUCCAACCUAAAGGAAGUUCAGUUGGAUCUGCAAUCAGGAAGUGAAUUGGAGGACGUGGAGCUAAAAGUGGUCAAGCUAUUAGAUCAGCUCAUCGCUGAUUGCAGAGAGGAGCUUCCGUCGAUCGACGGGUGGUCGUGUGUAACUCAGCUGGACAAAGCCCUGAGACACCUCAGGGUUGUCCAUCUACAGCAGAUUGAACAGGCUGCUACAGCCUUGAAGCAUGGUCCUGCCACAGACCUCAGUACUGUCCUAGAGCAAGCGGAGGACUGGGCGUUGAGGCUACGCAACAUAGCAGAGGAGCCCCAGAACAGCCUACCAGACAUCAUCAUCUGGAUGCUACAGGGGGAUCGCCGCGUGGCCUACCACCGUAUCCCAGCACACACUGUCUUAUUCAGCCAGAAACACUGUGGGAAGAACUGUGGAGAACUCCAGAGCAUCUUCCUGAAGUACCCACAGGGAGGUUCUGGACUCAGCAAGCUCCCGGGCCAGAUCAGAGUCAAGGUGUGGUUUGGUCUUGCUGCAGACGUCAAGCACUUCAACCGCUGUGCAGAGGGGAAACUGUCCGUCUUCGCUGAGACUUAUGAGAACCAGGUGAAGCUGGCCCUGGUGGGAAACUGGGGGACCACCGGACUAACCUCCCCCAAGUUCAGUGACGUUACAGGCAGGGUGAAGCUGCCCAAGGAGUCCUUCAAACCCUCCCCUGGCUGGAGCUGGGCCGGGGAAUGGGUUGUCAGCCCAGAGAGGACGAUGCUGUACGACACAGAUGCCGGUCACAUGACCUUCACAGAGGAGGUGUUUGAGAACCAGAUGAGGUUGCCCGGGGGACAAUGGAUUGGCAUGCCAGAAGGAUUCACUGACCUGAACGGGGAAAAGGCAGUGCCUAAGGAUGACAUUGAGUGUCCCCCAGGUUGGGUGUGGUCAGAAGAAGAAUGGAGCGAAGACUUGAACCGAGCUGUGGAUGACCAUGGAUGGGAGUAUGGCCUAACCAUCCCCCCGGAUCGGAGGCCCAAGGCCUGGGUGCCGGCGGAGAAGAUGUACCACACCAACCGCCGGCGGCGCUGGAUUAGGCUCAGGCGCAGGGACAUGCAGAAGAUGGAGGCACUGAAGAAGCAGCGGCCUGAUGAAACAGAGAGGGAGGGGUGGGAGUACGCAUCCCUGUUUGGGUGGAGGUUCCACCUGAAGCCCCGCAAGACGGACUCCUUCCGCAGGCGGAGGUGGAGAUGUCGGAUGGAACCCACGGAGAAGACGGGCCCCGCGGCCAUCUUUGCCCUGGAGUGUUCCCUGGGGAGUGUAAUGGAAGACAAGAGCGAUGACAAAUCAGUGACGGCGACCUUUGGGGUCAACCGCCCCACCAUCUCCUGUAUCUUUGACACUGGGACUCGUUACCACCUACGCUGUUACCUGUACCAGGCCAGAGACCUUCCAGCCAUGGACAAAGACAGCUUUUCAGAUCCCUAUGCCAUAGUGUCCUUCCUGCAUCAGAGUCAGAAGACGGUGACCGUCCGUAACACGCUGAACCCUACCUGGGACCAGACACUGAUCUUCCACGAGGUGGAGGUGUUUGGGGACCCUGCGGUCACUGAGAGAAACCCACCCAGCAUAGUGGUUGAGUUGUACGAUCAGGACACAUAUGGGGCGGAUGAGUUCAUGGGUCGCAGUGUGUGCCGGCCAUCCAUCGAUGUCCAACCACGGCUGGCCUGGCAUCCAAUCAGGAGAGGGGACCGGAGCGCAGGAGACCUGCUGGCUGCCUUUGAGCUCAUACGACGUGAGAAGCCUGCUGUUCAUCACAUUCCUGGACAGGAGGGGGACAUCCCGCCUCACAUUACGGAUGAGGUCUUUCUCACUGGAUUCUUCUCGGAAAACCAGCAAUGGCCAAAUGAUUCUGACCUACCGUACCCGCCCCCCCAGAGAGAACCCAACAUCUACAUGGUUCCGAAGGGGAUCAAGCCUGUCCUGCAACGGACAGCCAUAGAGAUCUUAGCGUGGGGUGUCCGGAACCUGAAGAGCUUCCAGCUGGCCAGCGUUACCUCUCCCAGCCUGCAGGUGGAGUGUGGCGGCAGUGUGGUGCAGUCCUGCGUCAUACGAUCCAUGAAGAAGAAACCCAACUUUGACGUCAACACGCUCUUCUUGGAUGUGAGACUGCCUUGCGAGGAACUCUACAUGCCUCCCGUCAUUGUGAAGAUCAUCGACAACAGGCCUUUUGGCAGGAAGCCUGUGGUGGGACAAUGUACCAUCAGGAGCCUGGAAGACUACCGCUGUACCCCGGACGAGGAGGAGGAGGAGACAGGGGAGGUGGACGAGCUUGAUGAGAUGGUCCCGACGCCCCGUGACGAUGUUCUGAUCGAUAUUGAUGACCAGGAGCCCCUCAUCCCUGCACAGUUUGCAGAUGGGAGCAGCUCUGCCGUUAUUAACAUCUCUCGCUCUUCCAGUCAACAUCUGUUACUGUGGGAGGAGGAAGUAAUGGACUGGUGGUCCAAAUUCUACGCUUCAACUGGAGAGAAGAACAGAUGUGGCGACUACCUGGAGAAAGGAUGUGACACAUUGCAGUUGUUUGAAGGGCCUCUGGAGGAGACAGAAAGCUUCCAAGGCCUCUCAGACUUCUGCCAGACCUUCAAACUGUACCGGGGGAAGAACCAAGAUGAUGGAGAUGACCCUUCUGUUGUUGGAGAGUUCAAGGGCAUGUUGAAGAUCUACCCCAUCCCAGAAGACCCUUAUGUCCCCCUGCCACCCCGCCAGUUUCAUCACUUACCCCCCAACAACGUAGAGGAGUGUCUGGUCCGAGUUUACAUCAUACAGGCCACCGGACUGCAGCCCAAAGACCCCAAUGGAAAGUGUGAUCCGUACGUGAAGAUCAGUCUGGGUAAGAAGUCCAUCAACGACCACGACAACUACCUGCCCUGCACCCUGGACCCUGUGUUUGGAAAGCUGUUUGAGCUGACCUGCUCCCUGCCUGUAGAGAAAGAUCUGAGAAUACAGCUGUAUGACUAUGACAUGCUCACUAAGGACGAGAAGAUCGGAGAGACCGUUAUCGACCUGGAGAACCGCUUCUUGUCUCGAUAUGGGGCGUGCUGUGGCCUUCCUCAGUCCUACUGCCUGUCUGGGCUGAACCAGUGGAGGGACCAGUUGAAGCCGUCUCAACUGCUGGUUAGAUUGUGUGACAGGAGGAACUACAAGAGACCCGUCUUCAAGCACGACAGAGUCAUAUUCAGGGGACAUGAGUACUCUGCUGCCGAGCUGGAUGAUGCAAGCCCCCCCAGCCCUCACCUUGGACCCCUACAGGAGCGUCUCUGCCUGUUCAUCCUCCGUAGACAGGGGCUUGUGCCAGAGCACGUGGAAACACGACCGCUGUACAGUCCCCUACAGCCAGACAUAGAACAGGGGAAACUGCAGCUGUGGGUUGAUCUCUUCCCCAAGUUCCUUGGCCCCCCCGGACCCCCCUUCAACAUCACUCCCCGCAGGCCUAAGAAGUUCUUCCUGCGCUGUAUCAUAUGGAACACCAGUGAUGUCAUCCUGGAUGAUGUCAGCCUCACCGGGGAUAAAAUGAGUGACAUCUAUGUUAAGGGGUGGCUUCAUGGCCAUGAGGACAACAAGCAGAAGACGGAUGUCCACUAUCGCUCGUUAGGAGGAGAGGGUAACUUCAACUGGCGCUUCCUGUUUCCUUUCCACUUCCUCCCUGCUGAACAGCUCUGUAUCAUCGACAGAAAGGAGCACUUCUGGAGUUUGGACAAGAACGAGAUAAAGAUUCCUCCUAAACUCACUAUUCAGAUCUGGGACAACGACAAGUUCUCCUUUGACGACUUCCUGGGCUGCGUGGAGUUGGAUCUCCAACACAUGCCGCGUCCGGCCAAGUCCCCUGAGAAGUGUUCCCUGUCCACCCUGACCCAGGAGCCGGACAAGACCGUGUCCCUGUUCGAACAGAAGACGGUGAAGGGCUGGUGGCCGUGUGUCUGUGACGGCAGUGGAGAGAAGGUCAUCGCUGGGAAGGUGGAGAUGUCUUUGGAGAUAGUUCCUGAGCAGGAGCAGGAGGAGAGACCAGCUGGACUGGGGAGAGACGAACCCAACAUGAACCCUUUCCUGGAGGCGCCACAUCGUCCUGAGACGUCCUUCCUGUGGUUCUCUUCUCCCUACAAGACAAUAAAGUACAUUCUCUGGGGAAGAUAUAAAUUCUUCAUCCUACUCUUCAUCAUCCUUUUCCUCCUAUUCCUCUUCAUCGGAGUCUUCCUCUACUCCUUCCCAAACUAUGCUGCUAUGAAAAUGGUGGGCCCAUUCAGUGGAGCAGCCAAGCCAACUACAUAAUGAAAGAACUGAAGAAAGACCCAGAAAAAGGAGAACGAGAGGAGGAGAGAAGAAAGGAGGUGAGAAGAGAGAAAAUGAGAGAUACAGAAAACCAAAGAAACAGCAAUGGAGAAGGGAGAGAGAUUGUGAAGCGCUAAAGCGAAGAGAUGUGAAAGGGAAUGACACUUUACCUAUCAAGAUGAAACACGUGACGUGUUGAAAUGCCACAUGGAGAUCUCAUUGUCCUCCACAUCCUUCACAUGGCUCUGUAGUCUGGCCGUAACACACACACCCCAGAGAAGAAAUGUCACACCCCAGCUGAGAGCUACGGUUUCCCAGCUCCAACCCUUCGGCCCGGCUCUCCCAUCCAUCUGGGGCCUCUCUUUGAUGUCAGAACUGUCAUCAGGGUUUCCCCAAAUAAUAUCUACAAUGCAGUGAAAUACAGUGAAAUACAGUGUCUCAAUCAGUCCGUGUGCGCUCAGGUUCUGAUGCCUGUUUGCUCUUUGAUUCCUUGUUUCCCCUUCAAUAUCUCUCUCUCUUUAUCUCCCUCUCUUUAACGCAGACUCCCCGUCUCUCAUCCAACCCUCCCCGUCUCUCAUCCAACCCUCCCCGUCUCUCAUCCAGCCCUCCCCGUCUCUCAUCCAACCCUCCCCGUCUCUCAUCCAGCCCUCCCCGUCUCUCAUCCAACCCUCCCCGUCUCUCAUCCAGCCCUCCCCGUCUCUCAUCCAGCCCUCCCCGUCUCUCAUCCAACCCUCCCCGUCUCUCAUCCAACCCUCCCCGUCUCUCAUCCAACCCUCCCCGUCUCUCAUCCAACCCUCCCAGUCUCUCAUCCAACCCUCCCCGUCUCUCAUCCAACCCUCCCCGUCUCUCAUCCAGCCCUCCCCUUCUCUACCCCUUCCUUGGUCUUUCUCUGCCUUUCCAAUCUUGUUGUUGGGACGAGAAGAAAACACCUUCCCCUCUUUUCACAGCUAGGAGCUUCUUUCCUUCAUGCAGAGAAGAGGAUUAGAUCUGCCCCCUCCGUCCAUCACUUCCUGUCUACUGUCUCCCAUUCCCUGUUCUGGGUUAAGUCCUGGAUUUGUUCUCAGUGCUCCGAGCGGGUUGUUAUCAGACACCCUGCUGUUAGACACACACACACACACCAGUACACACAGAACUCUCAUGGUUGUUAAGCAAAGGAGACGGAGAUAAAAGCAGCCUCCUACUGUUCGGCAUUAACUAAAUGACAUCAAGCACGUUCAGCCGGUUUGUCUGGGUGUGUAAGUGUUUAAAGUUUUUUUUUUUUCCAGGCGUCGUAUCAGGUUGAUUUUCGGGGUCACACACACAUUUCAGGUGGAUUAGUCCGACUGCUCUGACCUCGACCAUUCUGUGCGUGUGUGUGUUUUCUCCCGAGCAUUAAGUUCAUGUUAGAACGUGUGCCUUGCUGCAUGCCGGGAGGAGGAGCCAACACGUCGUACAGCACUAGGCUUCUCCAGAAACGCUGUGCAGGCAACCAAUGAACACUGUGAUGGAGGCGAUUGGCAGGUAUGGAGGAGUGGUGUUCCUCAGCGCUGCUGCUCUUGGGCAACGUGGGUGUUUUCAUUCACUCUCCACAACUCUGUGCUGCGCUGAUGCUGGCUGUCAAAUGGGGGCCUUCGAAGCAGAGACCCCAAUACUUUGGACACUAUGACGCCAGAUCCAAACCCUCUAUUCAAAUGAGACCUUUGUUUGAUCAUGGCUGGUAUAUCUACAUAGCUUUAACUGAUUGAAUGACAUAGGUCCUCCUAAGUCUGACUGAUAGCCGCUCUGCUUCUUACCAAAAACGGGGGCGGGGCAGCUACUAUGUUAUGUUAAAGAAAUGGAGAGUGUGGCUUUAAAUAUGCGACGGCCUCAUUAAAAACCCUUUGCUGUUAAUGCUUCACGCUUCUGAGCCGCUACGCCUGGAGAUCCAAAGUGAAAUGAACGGUUGGAUUGUAACUGGGCUUUGAGUCCGGGACAUCUGAAAGCCUUAGCUGUUAAACCAUGUCUGUAUACCCUGAAGCCUUUGGGACGAACUCUGCAACUCUACACACAUCCAGACAGUUCUACUUUGGUCUUUAUCAUGAAAGGGAACCCAUCCCAAACUCCUGACAAGGUCAUUUCAGGUUUACCUUCUACACACCUGGUCUGAAUUAAGGAAUGAAAUGACUAAAUGUCUGUCUUCAUCUUUAUUCAACUCUGCCUUCUACUCUGUUAUCUAGUCUGCCUUCUACUCUGUCUUCUACUCUGUUAUAAACUCUGCCUUCUAGUCUGUUAUAAACUCUGCCUUGUAGUCUGUUAUAAACUCUGCCUUCUAGUCUGUUAUAAACUCUGCCUUCUAGUCUGUUAUAAACUCUGCCUUCUAGUCUGUUAUAAACUCUGCCUUCCACUCUGUCUUCAACUCUUCUCCAAAGAAUCACGUUGCCUUUUAUUAUCAGUCUGUAUUGCCUGCUCUAUGUACUCCAUACACAAUAUAAAUGCACCGAUAAGUCUGUUUUCAUGGCAAUAGAUAUAUGAGUCUUAUGACUGUACUCUAAAUAAAUCGUAUCCAAGUUCA